AAAAAGUGCCAACAUGGCUGAAAAGAAAAACAAAUAUUCUGUUCUCCUUCCAACUUACAACGAAAAAGACAAUUUACCACUAAUAGUGUGGCUUCUUGUCAAAUAUUUUACAGAGAGUAAAUAUGAUUUUGAAAUCAUUGUAAUAGAUGAUGGCAGUCCUGAUGGAACAUUAGAGGUGGCCAAACAACUAGAGAAAAUCUAUGGCAAAGACAAAAUUGUAUUGAGACCAAGAGAGAAAAAACUAGGAUUAGGGACUGCCUACAUUCAUGGAAUGAAACAUGCUACAGGAAAUUUUAUUGUCAUAAUGGAUGCAGAUCUUUCCCAUCAUCCAAAGUUUAUACCAGAAUUUAUAAAAAAACAAAAAGAAGGAGAUUAUGAUGUAGUUUCCGGGACCAGAUAUAGUGGAGAUGGGGGAGUCUAUGGAUGGGAUAUUAAAAGAAAAGUAGUGAGUCGAACAGCUAAUUAUUUAACACAAGUAUUACUCAGGCCAGGUGCAUCAGAUGUCACUGGUAGCUUCAGGCUUUAUAAAAAAGAAAUAUUAGAGAAAUUGAUAAAUGCAUGUGUGUCUAAAGGAUAUGUCUUCCAAAUGGAAAUGAUCGUCAGAGCAACACAGUUUGGAUUCAGUAUAGGAGAGGUACCAAUAUCAUUUGUAGACCGAGUGUACGGAACAUCUAAGCUUGGUGGAUCUGAAGUGUUUUUCUUUCUUAAAGGACUCUUAUAUUUAUUUGCUACAACUUAAUCUAAUAAAAAUACUAUUUA